AUGGCCGAGGGCACCUCCUACGGCAUCGUGCCCUUCAUGAACAGGAAGCAGCUUGCAGUGGUGUCCGCACUCGUGGGUGCCGGUGGAAACCUCGGGGCAGUGAUUGCAGGCUUCUGCUUCUACAAGCCGAUCCAGGAUGCCCUGCUGCCUUUCCAGGUCCAUGCGGGCUAUGUGAUGUUUUGGGCGCUGCUGAGCCCCUGCUACUACUGGUCCGAGAUGGGUGGAAUGUUCCACGGACCAGCACAGAGCAUCGAGAAGGGCAAGACCAGCGGCGACUACGGAGAGUCCGAGGCCACCACUGCAGCCUCUGAGAAUGCCAUGUGA